CUCUUGGAGUAGGAAGCUUGGGCUCUCCGGCUGAAAGGAGCCGCGGCGGGGGGAAAAUGGAUCCCUUCACGGAUGAUCGGCUUCAGCUCCCCAGGAAUAUGAUUGAAAACAGCAUGUUUGAGGAAGAACCAGAUGUGGUGGAUUUAGCCAAAGAACCUUGUUUACAUCCUCUAGAGCCUGAUGAGGUGGAAUAUGAGCCCCGGGGUUCACGACUGCUGGUGCGGGGUCUUGGUGAGCAUGAGAUGGAUGAGGACGAAGAGGAUUAUGAGUCGUCCGCAAAGCUGCUGGGCAUGUCCUUCAUGAACAGGAGCUCGGGCCUUCGAAACAGUGCAGCCGGCUACAGGCAGAGCUCAGAUGGGACUUGUUCAGUACCGUCUGCGAGGACCAUGGUGGUUUGUGCUUUUGUCAUUGUGGUUGCUGUUUCUGUAAUCAUGGUGAUUUAUCUACUGCCCAGAUGUACCUUUACUAAAGAAGGCUGCCACAAAAAAAACCAAUCAAUGGGAUUAAUUCAGCCAAUUGCAACUAAUGGGAAGUUGUUUCCAUGGGCACAAAUCAGGCUUCCCACUGCCAUUAUGCCAGUACGCUAUGAACUUAACCUACACCCAAACCUAACCUCGAUGACAUUCAGGGGCUCUGUGACGAUUUCACUUCAGGCUCUUCAGGCCACAUGGAACAUAGUUCUUCACAGCACAGGCCAUAAUAUUUCAAGAGUGACCUUUAUGUCAGCAGUUUCAAGCCAAGAAAAACAAGUCGAUGUCCUGGAAUAUCCAUUUCAUGAACAAAUCGCCAUUGUUGCCCCCGAGGCCCUUCUUGAAGGGCACAAUUAUACCUUGAAGAUAGAGUAUUCGGCAAAUAUAUCUAGUUCUUACUAUGGGUUUUAUGGCAUCUCCUACACAGAUGAAAGUAAUGAGAAAAAGUACUUUGCAGCAACUCAGUUUGAACCCUUGGCAGCAAGAUCUGCUUUUCCUUGUUUUGAUGAACCAGCAUUUAAAGCCACAUUUAUCAUCAGGAUCAUAAGAGAUGAGCAAUACACUGCUUUAUCAAAUAUGCCUAAGAAGUCAUCAGUCAUUAUGGAAGAUGGACUUGUUCAGGAUGAGUUUUCUGAGAGUGUGAAGAUGAGCACUUACCUGGUUGCUUUCGUUGUGGGGGAGUUGAAGAAUCUGAGUCAGGACAUAAAUGGAACCCUGGUUUCUAUAUAUGCUGUCCCAGAAAAGAUUGGUCAAGUUCACCAUGCCUUGGAAACAACUGUGAAGCUUCUUGAGUUUUAUCAAAACUACUUUGAAAUUCAAUACCCACUAAAGAAACUGGAUUUGGUGGCUAUUCCUGACUUUGAAGCAGGAGCAAUGGAAAAUUGGGGUUUGCUCACCUUCCGAGAAGAGACACUUCUGUAUGAUAAUAAUACUUCUUCAGUGGUGGAUAAAAAGCUGGUUACUAAAAUCAUCGCUCAUGAGCUGGCCCAUCAGUGGUUUGGUAAUCUGGUAACAAUGCAGUGGUGGAACGAUGUAUGGCUAAAUGAAGGUUUUGCUACUUUCAUGGAGUAUUUCUCUUUGGAAAAAAUAUUCGGAGAGCUCUCCAGUUAUGAAGAUUUCUUAGAUGCUCGAUUUAAAACCCUGAAGAAAGAUUCCUUGAAUUCAUCUCAUCCAAUAUCAUCAUUAUCUGUUCAGUCUUCAGAACAGAUUGAAGAAAUGUUUGAUUCUCUUUCCUAUUUUAAGGGAGCUUCUCUGUUGUUGAUGCUGAAAACUUACCUUAGUGAAGAUGUAUUUCAACAUGCUAUUGUUCUUUACCUACAUAAUCAUAGCUAUGCAUCCAUUCACAGUGAUGAUCUGUGGGAUAGUUUUAAUGAGGUCUCAAACAAAACACUAGACGUAAGGAAAAUGAUGAAAACCUGGACCCUGCAGAAAGGAUUUCCUUUAGUGACUGUUCAAAGAAAAGGAAAGGAACUUCUGGUGCAACAAGAAAGAUUUUCUUUAAAUAUGAAGCCUGAAAUUCAGCCUUCAGAUGCAAGCUCUCUGUGGCAUAUUCCACUAUCCUAUGUCACUGAUGAAGGAAAUUAUUCAAAGUAUCGAUCAGUAUCAUUACUGGACAAGAAAUCAGUUGUCAUCAAUCUCACAGAAGAAGUGAAGUGGAUCAAGGUCAAUACGGACAUGACUGGCUAUUAUAUUGUACAUUAUGCAGACAACAACUGGGAAGCACUGAUCAAACAGUUGAAAAUAAAUCCUUUUGUCCUGAGUGACAAAGAUCGAGCCAGCCUCAUCAACAACAUCUUUGAACUUGCAGGCCUAGGCAAGGUGCCUCUUCAGAGAGCUUUUGAUUUGAUUGAUUAUCUUAGAAAUGAGACCUAUACUGCACCCAUCACUGAAGCCCUGUUCCAGACAGAACUCAUCUAUAACCUUGAAGAACUGGGGCACAUGGAUCUGGCCUCAAAACUGGUGACCAAGGUAUUUAAAUUGCUUCAAAGGCAAAUCCAACAGCAGACGUGGACUGAUGAGGGCAGCCCAUCUGUUCGGGAACUGCGAUCAGCCUUGCUAGACUUUGCUUGCACCCACAGCCUGGAGAACUGCAGCACUGCCGCCAUGAAGCUGUUUAACGACUGGGUGGCAUCCAAUGGAACUCAGAGCCUACCCACUGAUGUCAUGACGACUGUGUUCAAGGUUGGAGCGAAAACUGAGAGAGGCUGGUCAUUCCUCUUAAGCAAAUAUGCCUCUGUAGGCUCCGAAGCAGAGAAGAAUAAAAUACUUGAAGCUCUUGCCAGCUCAGAGGAUGUACGGAAACUUUACUGGUUAAUGAAAAGUAGCCUCGAUGGAGAUGCCAUCCGAACACAAAAGCUGUCGUUUAUCAUUAGAACAGUGGGCCGGCAUUUUCCUGGACACUUACUGGCGUGGGAUUUUGUCAAAGAGAACUGGAGUAAGCUUGUACAGAAGUUCCAUCUGGGGUCCUAUACCAUACAAAGUAUUGUUGCUGGAUCAACUCACCUGUUUUCAACAAAGGCACAUUUAUCUGAGGUCCAGGCAUUCUUUGAAAAUCAGUCAGAGGCAACCUUUCGACUUCGUUGUGUCCAGGAGGCUUUGGAAGUCAUUCAGCUGAACAUCCAGUGGGUAGAAAAGAACCUUAAAACGCUGACGUUUUACCUGUAGCAUGCAUACCUGCACCUCAUUCGGUCACCCAUUCAGACAGCUUGUUAACUUGGGCUCUGCUGCUUUUGCAAAAGCCAAGGUGAAACCAGGAUCGCUGCUGAGUUGUUUGCACUCUUAGGAGUUAUAGUUUGCUCAGGGCCCAUCUGUAUUUUUCAUCUGUCUUUUCUAAAAUGUCUUUGGGCAGUGUGUAGUUAUUUAUUACCAAAUUAUAUUCACCUACAUGCCAACCAUCUACAAAAACAAUGGGUAAUUUUCUACUUUGAAGAUAUUCAAAUGGAGAAAAAAUAUCUGUUUUGGAAUUCUGUUCUAUCUCUCAGUAUCUGGAAAGUGCUGACACCGUGAAAUAAGGAAAGAGCUACCAUAGGAGCCACCAUCUUUGCAGGCUGCUGGUUUAUUAGCCACUUGUUGCUUCUUGUUGAGAGAUGUUAUUUGAAUGUGGUUCAAAGUUAGCUUCAAAAAGUAUGGUAAUGAAGUCGACGAAGCAUGCAACUAUACAGAACUGACCUCAAGUGUGCAGAUCUACUUUGACUGGCGGUUUUGAAUAAUCCUUUAUUUUCUGGAAGAAGUUUAUAACUAUUAUAUUUUUUUUCUGAAGAAUAGCCAGGUGCUACAGAAUUUUUAAUUUUUUGCUGUAUUGUAAAGCUAAAUAACAAGGCCAAAAGAUUAAAUUUUCCAAAUAUUUAACACUUCCUUUUUCAUCUUUCAGGAAAAUAUUUCAAACCGAGUUAACGUUAAUUACAAUUAUUUUACUUAUGAAUUCCAGUAUUCUCCAAACCUCUGUAUACCUUUAUCACUCCCUGCCAUAGAUACACCUUAUGUUAUAAAUAAGUAUUUCUACAUUUAUGGCA